AAUAUGGGGUGUGUGAAAACCUGAGGAAGCUGGAGAUCACAGGAGUGUCCUGUCGAGACGUUUACGCUAAACGUAUAAACCCACGGGUGAAGUCGGGGCGUUUUAUGAAAAUCCUGCCCGACUACGAGCACAUGGAGUACAGAGAUGUUUACACCUGCCUGCUGCACCGCUACCGGCACAUCCUAGGAUUGUGGCAGCCGGACAUCGGGCCCUACGGGGGACUGCUGAACGUGGUGGUGGAUGGUUUGUUCAUCAUUGGCUGGAUGUACCUGCCCCCUCAUGACCCUCACGUGGAUGAUCCCAUGAGAUUCAAACCCCUCUUCAGGAUCCACCUCAUGGAGAGGAAAUGUGCCACGGUGGAGUGCAUGUAUGGCCACAAGGGACCUCAUAAUGGCCACAUCCAGAUUGUGAAGAAGGACGAGUUCUCCACCAAGUGCAACCAGACGGAUCACCACCGGAUGUCAGGGGGCAGGCAGGAGGAAUUCCGGACGUGGCUGAGGGAGGAGUGGGGUCGGACUCUGGAAGACAUUUUCCACGAACACAUGCAGGAGCUCAUCCUGAUGAAGUUCAUCUACACCAGCCAAUAUGAUAACUGCCUGACGUACCGGCGCAUCUACCUCCCCCCCAGCAGCCCCGGUGACCUCAUCCAGCCAGGGCUCUUCAAAGGCACCUACGGGAGCCACGGGCUGGAGAUUGUCAUGCUGAGCUUUCAUGGGAACAAAGCCAAGGGCACCAAGAUCACUGGAGAUCCCAACAUCCCAGCUGGACAGCAGACUGUGGAGAUAGACCUGGCCCAUCCUCUGCAGCUGCCUGACAUCGAGAACCUGCGAGACUUCAGCGAGCUGUCCCGCAUUGUGCUGGAGGUGCAGGAGCAGAUCCGGCGGGAGGAGCAGGAGCGGGAGCAGCGGCAGGAGGAAGAGGAGCAUUCCCAGCAGCCUGCCAGUCCCCUGGGAGGAGAAGGUGCUGAGGGGGAAGAGACUGCAGCUGGGGCAGAGGGGAAGACCCAGGACAAGGCCCCAGCUUCCCAGCCCUUUGUGCUGCCCAUGGGAGUGAUAUCGAGGAAUGAGGAUUAUCCCCGGACCUGCCGCAUCUGUUUUUAUGGGACAGGGCUCAUCGCUGGCCACGGUUUCACCAGCCCCGAGAGGACACCGGGGGUGUUCGUCCUGUUCGACGACGACCGCUUCGGCUUCAUCUGGCUGGAGCUCAAAUCCUUCAGCCUCUACAGCCGCAUCAAGGUCUCCUUCCAGAACGCCCAAGCGCCUUCCCGGGAGGCCUUCGAUGAGAUGCUCAAGAACAUUCAGUCCCUGGCUACUUGAUGAGUGGUUGGUGAUGGACAGGGGUGGCAAAGGCUGCUGCGCUCCCCAGCCGGGGCUCUCGGUACCUCUGGAUAGAAGCAUGCACUUUGAAUAAAGCCUUUUUACCCCCAAUGUCCACACAUCCCACUUCAGACAUCCGUGACUGCCCUUUCCUCUGUGCCACUCCACGCUGCCUCCCAGCAGUCCUUGUUUCCCAGUCUGUGCUUUGGAGAGCUGAAGGGACCCUGCAGGGGAGUGAACAGACCUCCCUUAGUGCAAAAAAAAAGAAUGUAUUGGGACAAAACCGACUUCUGGUCAGAGGAACAGGCAGUGACAAAGCACAUCCUCCUCUCCAGAAUCCUUUCUGUGGGUGCAGCGUUGCCAGGAGGGGCUGGUACGAUCCCUGCAUCCUUGGCUUGCUAAUUGGAGUGUGUGGUUUCCUCUGCAGAAUUGCCUCAGCCAGGGCAGGAUCCCCACUGCAGAUGAGUGUGUGCAGCACUGUCCUGUGGAACUUGAUGGAUGUGCUGUCCCUGAGACCAGAGAUGAUUUUUUUUCUCCUUGCAGGAGCUGGGUGUGGGACUAGAGAUUGCAAAAGCUCUUAUGUUCAGAUUGGUUUGUACCUGAAAGGUUUUCUCAGAUCUUGUCAAGUGGCUCUGGAGAGGCACAGGAAGGAGGCAAAAGAAACCCAGCUGUGAGAUGAGCCCAGUAGGCUCCAGGUGGGCAGCACAAGGUGCCACAUGUCCCCCUGGUCCUGUGUGACCCCAGGGGUGCCAUUCCUGUUCAGGUUGCCCUUCAGAGUCCUUGUAUUGUGUGGCUUGUUCUGGCUCCUGGAGCAGUGGCUGCUGCUGCCCCCCUCACAGAACCCUUCUUUCCCUUUGCAGUUGCACUUCUUUCAUCCCAGAAUGAUUUUGUGGCAGAUCUGAGCUCCACUGGGAGUUGUGUGCUGCAGGCAAGGGAGCAGAUUCCCUUUGGACUGUACUGUGCAGGAAAAUCCUGGCCAGUGCUCAUCUCCAGGCUGUGAAUUGUGCUGGAGACCAUCAGCACUAACACAAGCCUUUGUUGCAGCUGCCCUCUGUAAUGACUGUAAUGACAAACUCCAGGUCCCUUCUCUUCUCCCCAGAUCAGUGUCUAACAAAACCCUGCCAUUCCAUCUCUGCAGUUUCAGGUCUGUAAAUGUGUCUGUACCUGUGCUGGGAGGUUUCAGGCCCCCUCUGGGGAGAAGUUUCAGUCCCUGCCUGGUUCCAGUGCCUGUGAACAGCUUUUAUUCUCACUCUCACAAGGGCUUUUUGCCAUUUCUGCCUCUCAUGUGUUCCCUCAGCUGUGUGAGAACCCAGGCUCCAGCAGAGACAACGAGCAGCAGCUCGUGUCAGUCACAGGAUUAAUUCCUGUCUCUCUGGAUGGAGCUUUCCAAACCUCUGGGAAUUUCAAGGUGAUUUAGGGCACUUCUUGCUUUGUUUCCUGCAGCUCUGUGAGGAGUGGCAGUCCUGCCUCAGUGUCGGGGGGGAGGAGCUGUUACAAGCCUGCUGAAAAAGCUGGGAAAAUGUUGCAGGGUGGGUGUGAGCAGGCUGUAGAGGUUUUCCUGCCAGUUUGGAUCUCCCAGGGCUGGCAGAGAGGGAGUGGCUGCUCUCUGUGCCCUGGUGAGUGGGCAGAGAGGAGACCUGGAGCUGAGCUUGGCUCUCUCAGCCUCGUGCUCAGCUCGUGCCUGGUUUGCAGACAGAGGUUUCCAGUUUGGUGCAGCUUUCUGGGACAGCUGAAAAUGUUCAGUGCUGGGUUAAUGGUUGGACUCGAUCUCAGAGGUCUUUUCCAGCCUUAAUGAGUCUAUGAUUAGGACUUUAUUUGAUAUUUCAGUGGCUUGUUUAUCUUGGGAUUUGCUGUUAGGCUGCUGCAGUUCUGCCUUGUGUUCUCCCUAACAGCCCCAAGGGGUGGGACAUGUCCCCUGGGGCAGCUGUUCCCAUUGCCUGUCCCUAAAACCAGCUCUUCUUCAGCUGGACCUGCAGCUCUGAGUGCAGAUUCCUCCCCACUUCAAUAUCCCUACCAAAAAAAAAAAUAAUCCUAAACUUUCACACAACUGACUUGAUAAUUUUGGCUUUUAGCUUUUAAAUUAUGAUUAAUUUUUUUUUUUAAAUGGAGAUUAAAAUCCAGACUGCACUGACUGCCCUGCAGGUACCUGAGGCUUGAGUCACUCUCUCAGGUACUGACUUGUCUGUAGCCUCUGUCCCUUGUCACCUGGGCCAGGGGUCACCUGUUUGCUGUUGGCACAGCUUGUGCAUCCGCUUUUUUCCAGGCUUCUUUUCCCUUCUGAAUUUCCAGUGGCAGUGCCAAGGAUCUCCUGAAGGCCAGACCUGCUUGGCUGGCUGGAGAGAACGAUUUUAGUGGAGGCUGAUGCCUUGAGGGAAUUUUCCCAGCUCUGCCUUGCCCCUGUAGUGGCAUCUUUUUAUUUAUAACUCACCUGGCUGGCCUCAAAAUGUCAGGAUAAUUCCUGAUUAAAGGCAGAACUGCUGGUACCCCCUGGCUUCAUUCUGUCUGGAGCAAAGGAAAUAGCAAGUUUUGUAUUAAUAAUCCUCCUCUGAUGCCUUUUCUCACCUUGUGCUGCUCCAGGCCUAGCAGGCUUUUGUGGCAUUUCAGAGGAAAAUUCCCUCUGCCUUGGCUGAGGGUGAGGAAGGCUGUGAAGAUGGAUUUGGGAAUGCUGGGGAUGCUCCUGUGCUGGAUGUUCCUUUGUGUGUGGCUCUGUCAGUGCUUCCAGAGCAGAGCAGGAUAACGUGGAGUUAACACUCCCAGCUCUGGAAUCUUUGGGAAAGAGGAGAGACAGAUUUAGGAGCAGGCAGUGUGGAUCUGAUCCCCCCUGGCUGAGGGGGAUGCUCCUGCUUUCCCAGUACUGCAUUCCCCACUCCUUUCCCAAAUCCCAGUUUCCAGCCCCUUGGGAUCCUUGUGGAAGCUGUUGACAGGGAUAAUGUGUGCUGGGGCCCUGCAGAUGGUGAUCAAUCUCUGCUGCCGACGUCUCCUCGUCCUUUUGGCUCUGCAGGAAAUCUCGGGGACAAUUGGCUGGAUUUCUUCAUCCCAGAUGGGUGGAAAGUGCUGGCGAGGAUGGAAAACAACUUGUCAGGGGUAGGAAUAGUCCUGGCAGGAGCCUUUUGGAUUAAACAAAGCCUUUGCAGGGAGGUUGCAGAGCCCCAGUGGCCACUGCAAGACCUGGAGCUGAAUUCUGGCUCAGGGACAAGAAGUGUCUGGUUCAUGUGCUGGGGAUGGGUUCUGCUCCUCCAUCCUGUGUUGUCAAAACACAUGGAUUUGGCCAGCUGGAAAACAGGAACAUCAAAGCUCCAGUUUGUUUGCCUUGGGCCUGAUUUGAGAGCUGUGAAUGUGCUGUGCUCAGGCGUGGUGGCUGCCCUCCACAGGGAUGUGUCAGGCUGCAUUUACUGAGGAGACGGAAAAAGGAUGGAAUUGUUUGUAAAUUUGGGUGUCAGCUCUGCUGUGGAGUGAACAGCAGUGCUGCCCUGGAAUGGGACAGCAGCAGUGGAAGGGCAGUUCCUUAGGAAAUGUGUGCUGGGGAGAAAGGGAAUUCUGUGCAAACGUGCCUGGAGGUGUCAGCUCCCAGGAAAAGCCCAAACCGCAGCUGGCUCAGAAUUUACUUUUCAACAAGGAUGACUUUUUUCUUGCUUUUUAUUAAUUCAAACCUAGUGGAACUCGAUGGGAGUGUUGGGUGUUGUGUGGAAAUGGGUUGUUUAGACUCAACUUGCUAGUUUUAGGGAAUGAUAAUGUGUUAACUCUGUCUUGUAGCUGGCUGCUCACGUGGCCGAUAAUCCUCUGUGGUGUUCAGCUGCCAAAGGCUCGUGCUGCCCUUCCCAGUGGGACACUGAAUUAUUUGGGAUGUGGGGUAGGAGAGGGAGGUACCAAACUGUGAGUGCCACUGACCUUUGGGUGCUUUGUGUGCUGAAUUCAAAUGUGUGGUUCUGGUUUUUGUUUGGAUUGCAAUCUUUGGAACUUUGGAGGCAAAGAGCACUUGGCUCGACCCUGUUCAUUAGCUUAAUUAAAGCAAUCUGCACUUUUGUUUUAUCAUUGAUUACUUCCCCUUCCCUGUUCCCAUGUGUAUUUUGCACUCACCACUUUAACAUGACACUGAUGGAUUAAUCUGGGCAUUGCCUGGAGGUUCUGAGUGUGGAUAAGUCUCUACAAAAGUAUUAAAAAUGAAGGAGAAAUGUAAAUCCCUGCUUUGUACAGAGGGCAGUGGGAGGAAACCAUUGCACAUCCACCACCACCAAUAUCCAUGUGGAACAUGAGAAGUUGUACUUUAACCACCUCACCUGCCCAAGGGCUGGGGGUUUGCCUGUCCUUUCCUUGGUGGCUUUGAGAGGAAUGGGAUGUAUGAAAUCAACACCUGGCCGACUUCACCCCAGGUUUUGGAAAGCUGAGCAAGCCCUGUUGUGUUACUUUUACACCUGAUCAUUGUUACCCAAGGAGCCUUUUCCAAUUUCAAAUAAUAAAAAGCAAAAUUUUAUGAA